GAUUGUUUGGAACGGCAGCGUGUUGGAGCCGGUGCCGCCGUCCGUCUGGGGUAGCGACGGCGCCACGGCCCACGGUGGCUUCCGCCUUGUGCGCGUGUGUGUCCGGGCGAGAGUGAGAGGGAGAGAGGAGCUGGGAAGGGAUGGAGGCGCUGAGGAAGCAGGCGAGCAAGUUCAAGGAGCAGGUCGCCAAGCAGCAGCAGGCUGUUAUAAAGCAGUUCAGUACUACUGGUUAUGAGCGGUCAGAUUCCGUUGUAAUUGAUGAGGUUGAACUACAGAGACAUCAACAGCUUGAGAAAUUGUAUACUUCUACUCGUUCUGGAAGGGAUUUCCAGAAGGACAUAGUUAGAGCAGCUGAAGGUUUGGUGUCUAUUGGAAACAAACAUAUUGAAGUGGGAACAAAAUUUUCUGAGGACUGCUAUAGAUAUGGAGGUGAAAAUACUGCAAGCGACGAAGCCCUUGGAAAAGCAGCAUCACUAUAUGGAGGUGCUUUGAGAAAUAUUGAGAAAGAGUAUGAGGAUUUCAACAGAAUUUUAUCUUCUCAGACUAUAGACCCAUUGAGGUCAAUGGCUAUGGGUGCACCCCUGGAAGAUGCUCGUGGUCUUGCACAGCGCUAUAGCCGGAUGAGACAUGAAGCUGAGAUCCUUUCGGCUGAAAUUGCUAGAAGAAAGGCACGGGUAAGAGAAGCCCCAAUUCCUGAGCACACUACAAAGCUUCAGCAGUCAGAAGCUAAAAUGAUAGAGCACAAAGCAAGCAUGGCUGUGUUAGGAAAGGAAGCAGCAGCUGCACUUGCAGCUGUUGAAUCUCAGCAGCAACGAGUGACCCUUCAGAGGCUGGUUGGCGUGGUAGAAGCAGAAAAGUUAUUCCAUCUGAGAUUAGCUGCUAUCCUUGAUGACGUUGAAGCAGAGAUGUCCUCUGAGAAGCAAAGGAGAGAAUCAGCACCACCUAUUAUAUCUUUGCAUAAGCGUGCUGAGAAAGCCCAGUACUUCCUUGCUGAGGCAAUGCAUAAUUUCAAUGGAACCACAGAGAAGGAACUGAGCUUAAUUGUUGGCGACUAUGUUGUCGUUCGUCAGAUUGCUCCCAAUGGCUGGGCGGAAGGAGAAUGCCGAGGGAAGGCUGGUUGGUUUCCAGCCGCCUAUGUUGAGAGGCGAGAAAAUAUCCCCCCAAAUAAAGUUUUCCCACAAGCAUAAGAUCACAAGGGUCAAGGGGUCAUCUGUUUCCCACUGUGCAGAGUUUGUGGGUUGCAAAUAACAUUCCCUGCCAUUGGUGCGACCUGACCCUGGCAUUGGGGUUGGGGAGUUGUAAGCCUGUAUGUAACUUCCAACCGGUUUGAUGCUUUGGUUCUUGUGGUGGUCUAGACUUAGAGCAAGAUAUGUCGGCACGUGCUGUGCCUGCACGCACAUUGAAGAUGUAGAUUCGCAUGUGUAACUAUCCUUGAUGUAUCUAUCAUGGCAGAAACUACUGUUCGCUGAUUUGUUGUGAGAGAAAAACAAUGUUGAAUGGCUGGCAGAUUCGGCUGAUAAGCUUCGAAUAGGCUGCAUGUGAGGUCUUCCCUUUCUCUGCUACUGAUGAGCAUAAACUGUAAAGUGAUUCUUGCUCUU